AGAGGGGGUGAAGCCUAGAAUCAAAUUCAAGUGUUCCCACUAUCAAAAUUUAGUAUCUAAGCACAAAGAGGACCUGCGUUUCAAUUUUAAAAAAACCUUGUCACACCACAGCAAUUAUUUUUUGUCAGACCUUGGUGUAUAUCCUCUGUGUGGUAGAAGAUUCAUGCCAGCAAUGGUAACCUUAAUAAUUCAAGGCAUGGGGUUUUUUUGUUUUGUUUUGAAUUUCUUUUUAAAGAAUAUUUCAGUGUUUAUUACAACUCUGCGUAGUCUCAACUAUUUGCAUCUCUUGAAAAGCAAAGGUAAGUUCUGAAAAUGAUGAAGGAACAGAGUGAGAGUUCAAAAAAGUUAGUCAACUGCUGCCCUACCAUUUACACUGCUGUUUCUCCAGUAACUGGCUUACCUGGGCUGUGAAAUCGUCUACUCCUCUUGUCCCUUUCCUGCCUUCAUAGGCACUUGUGCUACUGUCCACAACCAGUUUCCUGAGCAUUAAGCAGGGGAAGGAAGCAGGGGCAUCCUUAUUAUUUCAAGGGAAAUAUUUAAUGACAAAGGCUACGAAAACAAAGAUUGACAGCCAUUAAGCACAGCUUACCAUAUAUAAACUUGCCUUUUAUUCUGAGCCACGGUGAAGUAAAAAUAAAAAUUCAAGAUUUGUUUUUCAGAGUUCAAUUUCAAAGUGCAAGCCUCAGGGUAAGGAGGAUCAGCUUUAUUUCCCAUUCAACCCUGGCCUAAAUUGAAACAAACCCAAUUAAAAUGCAUAGCUUGGGGGGGGGGGAGCUUUGCCGAUUUAAAAACAUAACACAUUUAGGUUUAAGUAAAAUGCGUAUUAUUUUUCUUAUAACAUCAGACAGAAGAUAGGCAAUAAACUACUUUAAAGGCUAACAUUUUAUUUCACAAACAUCAAAGUUGUAGGGCUGUUCAUUGUUACUGUUAACCCUCCUUUUGCUUUAUUUUUCUUCUAGACUAGCAUUUCUGCUACAGUAUCUCCAAUAUUGGAAACAAACACUUUUAUUCCUAAAACUAAUCUCUGUCUCCUUUUCUGCUAAAGUAAGGGAACUGAAGCUACAGCACCAUAAGCAACCUAAGAAAACCUGUAAAACUCAAGCUAAUAAAGCUAUUAAAAGCAUAUACAGCAGUAAAGCACAGACUGCUGUUCACAUGCAUGGCUUCCUGUAUAACAUUACGUUCCUGAUGCAAAAGGUGAAGAAACAACCAGCACUGUUUGCUCAAAGAGCAGUGGGCAGGAAACCGCCUGUACAGCUGAGACUUUUAAAUGGUAACUGCAGGCUUGUUUUGUGCCUACUUCGAAGUACCCAGGGCAUUCUUUAAAUUCUUUUUACAAGCUGUUACUGAAAGUAAGUUCAUUAAACUAGCCGCUCUUAAAUUACAGUAUCACAGUCCUUCAGUGUGACACAACAGUGCACCCUUAAAACCUUUUUUUCUUCCCUCAAACUUGAGAGCAUGGCAAAGCUGCUCCAUGCAGCUGCCGCUACUCCGUGUUCAGUAACUCCUCCGCACAAGCUCUUUGCUAAGCAUCAGGAUUGCCUAAAAGGAAAAUAAACCCUUUUAAGGAAGCAUUUCAUGAAAAUCAAGUGCUGCAAUUCUACAUGCCCAUUCUAAUCCCUUGCAGAAGCAGAACAACUGUUUCAUGCAUGCAUGUUUCUUAUCCUUUCCUUGUUCUUAGCCUCUGCUCCAGUUGUUGGCCAAAAAUAAACACCAUUCCACAACCAUAUAUGUGCAAUGGCCUCCUGGUGAGCCUGCUGUGCGCGCCCCCCCCCCCCCAACUGCCCUUACGCCACAACGCCAGGACACCGUCUGCUUUCGAACGCACUGAAGAGCUAUGCAUAUAACUCAGCUGAAUCGGGAGUGCCUUUUACAUCUGUUUUCUUUUCUGGACAAAAGCAGCAGAAAAAGUUUAGCAAAAACAUGUCACAAAAUGCUAGAUGUGUUUCAAGAUCCUUUACUGUGGUCUUUGUUGAACUUUCAUUCUCCAGUGGAGCUAAAGAAGGAUAAUUUUCUCCUGGGACCUGCUUUAAAGUAUUUAUCCAUCUGCUGGCAUUCUCAGAGAGUCAAGGUGUGUAACAUUGAGGAUUGGAUGAAAAACACUUUCCAGAAAGACUUCUGUAACAGGCAUGAAAACACUGUCAAUGAUUUUUUACUAGAAGUUUGCAACAGAUGUCCAAACCUGCUAUCUCUGACCCUGUCUGGAUGCGGCCAUGUUACAGACGAUUGCAUCUUGCUUCUUCUCAAAAACUGCCCAAACCUCAAGACACUCAAACUGGAAAACUGCGUGCGGAUCACUGACCAGACCCUAGAAGCCGUGACCGUCUACGGGAGAUCCCUGCAAACGCUCCACGUGGAUUUUUGCCGGAACAUAACACAAACUGGUCUAGCGAGAGUCAGGGAAAAAUGUCCUUCAGUAACGCUGAGAGCAGAGAGAAGUGCUAAUAUGAUUCCAGACAAUAAGCCAGAAAAAAAGCUGAUGCUUGAAAAAGCAUCAAGAAAACUGGUUCAGCUUUAACUGGAACAAGCUGUAUGAAGUCAGUCAACACGGCUUGUGUACUUCACUUCUACCUUCCUCCUGGCUAGCAGUGCUGCAAUUAACCAUGGCGCCUUAACUGCACACUGGGUUAAGUCGAAACACAUGGUCGGUAUAUUUUGUAGAGGCUCCACCGGGAAAAUGUGUGCGUCUCCACCAUCACAGUGUUAAGACAUUUUGUUGUCUGUUGUUUCUUGAAACUGGAAAUUCUGCAUUUCUGCUACAAGAUGGUAGAUCUGAUUAAGGCUAAAAAACUGUAAUUCUGAUACCUUUGUGGAAGAGAGGAGAGGAGAGAAGUAAAGCAGCAGCAGAUACUGCUUGGGUAAUUGUACGAUCUACCCCAAUUUCAGGGAAAGAGCGAUUGACAAAUUUCUGUAAACGGAGAUACAACACACAUGGUUGUUCCAUCAGCUAGGGGUGACAACCACUACAUCUAAGAUCCAUCUGGCAAGCAGAUCAGAGUACCUGACAACCACCACCUCCUCAAUAAUUAGAAUUUGUAGCUGAUUUGUCAGGCUUAUUUAUUAAAUGGGGAUAUGUACGGCAGCGUGCACAAAACAGUAUUUGACCCUCUGCAUAAUGUAUUUUGACUAGCUACACUUCAACUUAUUUUUUAAAGUUGCCAUUAAAGUAAGCUAGUUUACAGAAGUAACCUACCUGAAAAGGCAAUAAUUUACAACCUGUAAGUUACGCAGCUUCAAAUGCUGAAUUAGGAAAAUGCUACAGCAAAGAGAUUAUAUUAAUACCUGUUUGUCACUGCAAGAGUUAAAAACAACCCAGCUGUCUGCAUCCCAAACCACAAGCUGUCACUUUCCUGCAUACUGCUCUGCCACAUGGAAAUGAAACACAUUUUUUCAUCAAGGGUUGCUCCAGCAUCUACACCAAAAUAUGACACCAAGGGUUGGUACAGUUUUGCUCUGCUGUUUAAAAUUUACCUUGAAGCAGCACAUUGGGAUUUGGUCAUAGUGUUGAGUAGCUCGGACUGGCAACAUCAGGUGCCAAGGCCCCUACGUACUUCCAUACACAUUUGGCCUGAAGGAAGGUGAAUUUACUCCACGCCAACUGUACUACACUUACCCUUUAAGUGUUUCACCUGGUCUGUCUCAGUGCUUGUAACAAUUCAGAAGAAUGACUGCACAGAUUGUUUUUUGUUUGAACUACAGCAUGCCUUUUCAAGAAGCACCAUCUCAAACGCCGCACUUCACCUAUGUGGGGGCAUGUCCUCAAAUUCAGCUUUCCAUUAUUUUCUAUUUUGUACAGCAAGUGAUGUUUCUGACACGCCCAGAUUCUUACUCCUAGAAAGCGUACCGGCAAAUACGAACCUGCACAUUCGUGCUGACUCUGCACCUGAACUUAUUAUAUUUACCAUAUAUCUCCUCUCCCAUUCAAUUCCCAAUGCAAUUCACUGAAGAACUUUAAACUUACAACAAUGACCGGCGGAUCAAUCUGGCUAUUGAUGAUUUAGUGUCUCCUACAGGACCAGAUAUCAGUGUAGCUUUGAUGCUGAGCACAAAGCCUCGCACAGACCAGGCUGACAAGCUCUACAAAUCCUCAACAACAGAAUUUCAGCUUAAUUCACAAUGAAGUCUACAGCAGAAAGAUUUCAUUUUAAAUAAAAACCUACAGAGUGUAGGAAUACCUGAAUAUUUAAAUUUAGAAAUAUUAACCUUUGGAAAAUACUGUUCUGUCCCAUAGAGUCAGCGUUUCUGUUCCAUUCCACAACAGCUGUUCACGACUUCUUCACUACAGCAAUCUAUGCACAUACAUCAUAGUAAAUCUGGUUUUCAUUUACAUGAGGUGCUGUAUAUUUGUUGAUAAAUACACGAACUGGAACUUGCAUCACUGGAAUUCAGUUAUAUCAAGACUAUCAUAGUUUAAAAUAACUUUAUAGCUUUGUUGUGUUUUUACAGUUGUAAAUGCAUCUACAGGUAUAGUUCUGCAGACUUGUAUUUUGUUAAUUACUUCUCUGCAUUUUACUCCCUGUUGUAUAACUGGAAGAUUACAGGAGCUAACGUUUCCUAUAAGGAACACAAUUAGCGACUUUUUAAAACUGCUAUUUAACAAAUUAUUUAACAUUGCCAUGAAUAUCCAACAUGACACUUUUCUUUUUCCUUAGAGAAUGAUGUGAUUGUAGUACCUCUCUUAAAAGAUGUAUGGAAAAACUGCUAUUCAAAUAAAGCAGAUUUCCCCCUCUCGCUGGCAUCUAAAAUGAAGAAACAAGUUCUGAAGUUAGACCUCAGUUGCUUAUGAGUAACUGGUUUGAUUUUCCAGCUUCUCACUGUAUUCUUUUUUACAAUAUUACCACUCCUCUUAUUAAAGUUAUGUGGAGAAAUAUUAUUUUGGGUAUCAUAAUGUAGAACUCGUAUUUUAACUUAGCUCUGAUGCCUCAGGUAGCCUUGAAAUAAAGAUUUAUUUCAACUGA